CCUCCUGCCUGCCGCAGGACCCAGGCCGCGGCGCCCGCCGGCUGCUUCCGCUCUCCGCGCAGGCGCGACAGCUCGGCCGGAGAAAGGCGCGGGCCGGGAGGGGAGUGGACGCUGCUGGCGAGGAUGGUGUUGGAGAGCGUGGCCCGCAUCGUGAAGGUGCAGCUCCCGGCGUAUCUAAAGCGGCUUCCUGUCCCCGAGAGCCUUACCGGGUUCGCCCGGCUCACAGUUGCAGAAUGGCUUCGGUUACUGCCUUUCCUCGGUGUACUUGCACUACUUGGCUACCUUUCAAUCCGUCCAUUCCUCCCGAAGAAAAAACAACAGAAGGAUAGCUUGAUUAAUAUUAAAAUACAAAAGGAAAAUCCCAAAGUGGUGAAUGAAAUAAACAUUGAAGAUCUGUGUCUCACCAAAGCAGCUUACUGUAGGUGUUGGCGUUCUAAGACGUUUCCUGCCUGUGAUGGUUCACAUAAUAAACAUAAUGAAUUGACAGGAGAUAACGUGGGUCCACUAAUACUGAAGAAGAAAGAAGUGUAAUAGUAAUGAAUUAGGAUUGAAUUCAGUUGUGUGCUGUAAAAUCUUAUAACAAUAUUUUUUCAUUCUUUGUAUAGAGGGUCUUUAAAAUGGUGGUCUUAAUGAUUGCUACUGGUUGAGUAAUUAUUUCUGCCAAUUUAUUUUCUUGCUACACUACUGUUCAUAUUUGAUAUUUUGUAUAUUCAGUCGUUUAUAUAGAGGUUAAAUUGUACAACCCUUUCAUUCUUAAUGUAUCUUCCUGAAUAAAACCAACAGUCUUGGUUUUAACUAACUGAGAAAAAU